AUGUCCUCCUCCUCCCUCGCAUCCGCCUUUACCAGCGAGUGUACUCGUGUCGGGGUCGAGCCGUCGUCAGCAGUGGCGUCGGCCCUCACUGCGGCAGCGGCGUCGGGCACGUUGACCCUCUCGUCGGUCCACCUCGCGCCACGGACAUGCACAGCCCUGGCGGCCGCACUGUGCUGGCAGGCGAACCACGGCGAGGUUGGAGACUCUGCUGUGACGAUUGUCGACGUCUCGGAUUGCUUUCUUGGCGACGAUGGCGCAGUGGCUCUUGUCCAGGGUCUUGUCGCUUACACCCCGCUGGAGAAGCUCGACGUCCGCGGCAACAACAUCCGCACCGACGGCGCCCUCGCCCUCGCUCGCCUGCUCCGUGACGGUCCUCCAGGGCUCUCGACCAUGCUUCUGGAGUGGAACUCGAUCGGGGUGUGGGACGUCGGCAUCCGCGCUCUUGCCGACGCGCUGGCCGUCAACGGCUCGCUCACCAUGCUCGAUCUCCGCAACAACCGGGUUGGCCCUCAAGGUGUCGAGGCCUUGGCGUCGGCGCUCAAGACCAACACCUCGCUGCGGACUCUGGACCUUCGGUGGAACAACGCAGGCAUCAUGGGCGGCCGCUACCUCGUCGAGGCGCUCGCCAACAACUCGGCCCUCACCCGCCUCGACCUCGCCGGCAACGAGGUGCCGACCGACGUGGUCGAGGCCAUCGCCGCUCGUCUCGCUGCCAACGCUGUCGCGUCGGGCACGUCGCCAGCGCGCACACCGGCGUCGGCAACCAAGGCUCGGACGCCGCUUGCGGCACUCGCCCCCAACACGCUUGCAGCCUCCUCAAGCUACUCCUCGCCCCAUCCUGGCUCCAAGCCAAGCUACACGCCCGGCCAGGCCAAGCUCCUUGAUCUGGAGACCAAGAUGAAUGACAUAUUUGAGGCCAAGUCGCUGGCGCAGCGGGCGGCCAUGGAUAUGGAAUCGGCGCUGCUGCAUGAGCGAACCGAGUCGACCCACCUCGUUGCCUCACUGCAGGAAAAGCUCCUCGCCGAGCGGGCGACGAUUGCCGACCUCGAGGCUCGCCUCCGCACCGCCCGCGGCACCGCCGAUGCCGAGCUUGCCGAGGCCCAGGCCGACACGCUGCGCGCGCAGGCGCGCGCCGACGAGUUCAAGUCCCUUGCCGAUGAACUCUCAGCUGCACUCUCGGCCGCCCGCGCCUCGGCUGACGAGCGCAUCGAUGCCGUCCGCGCACAGGUCCGCGCCGCUGAAGAGGCCCGUGCCGACCAGGUAUCUGCGCUCCGCCAAGAGCAUGCCGACGCUGUCCGCGACAUGCACGAGCAGAUGAACUCGAAGCUCGCGCGCUACGACGCCAAGCUCGAGGAGGCGCUUGCCGACCGCACUGCCACGUCACGCGCGCUCUCGGCCGAGCGCGAGCGCUCGUCCUCGCUGCAGCAGCAGCUCCAAGAGGUUGUUGCCGCGCAAGAAACCACCGUUGAGCGCGAGGUCGCCUCGCGGCUCACAGCCCACAAGCAUGCGCUCAAGCUCGCCGAGGAGGCCCGCGAUGACGCGACUCUGCGGCUUGCCGACGCCCAGGACGCUCUGCGCCAGGCCCACAGCCAAGCCGCUCGUGCCGAUGAGGCGGCGGCGGCGGCGGCGGCCUCGCUCCGCUCGCAGCUGCAGGAGAGCAACCGCGCACGCGAGCGGCUUGAGGAAGACAAGACCAACCUGCGCUACGAGCUCGACAAGUGGCAGCACCAGGUCGAAUCACUGCAGUCGGCCCGGACAACACUGCGGACCCAGGUCGACUCGCUCAAGGGCGAGCUCGAGUCGGCUGCCUCGCGCGAGCGCCGCCUCCGCUCCGAGUAUGAAGCUUCGACCGGCGCACUCCACGCUCGCAUCGCCGAGCUCGAGGACGCGCUUCGCCGCGCAGGCCUCGACCUGCAGCGCGAGCGCGAGGCCCACGUCCGCCGGCUCCGCUCCACCGAGGCCCUCCUCAUUUCGCAGAUCCAGAACACGUUCUCUGAUACCGUCCACGGCGCCAUGGGUGCGUCGUCGGGCCCAGCUUCGGCGGUGGCCACAUCUGCAGGCUCGGGUGUUGGUCUCGCCUCGCCUGCCCCGAGACCUGUUCCGCGGGUCGCGUCCCGUGAUCGCCUUGCGCCACAGCCUGUCGCUGCUGUCACUGGAGCGAGCCAGCACACGCCGCUGCUGGUCACCGACUCGGACUCGGACGACGAGCAUGGAUCAGACGACUCUGGGUUUUAGCCAUUUGUAGUGGAGAGUGGACGCUGCCAUCAAACGCCGACAUGUGAUG